CCUGGGUGUUGUAUUACUACUAAACAAUUAGGAUUGACCCUUAUAUAUUUAAUAACCAUCUUGCCAUUUUUUUCCUUCCCAUCUUGCCCUUUCCCUUCCUCGCCCGUCUGAUUUACUGGUUCCGAUUACUGCUCUGUUCUGUUGAGUUUUUUUUUUUUUUGGUUCGUGGUUCGGAGGAUUGAAUUGGCUUGUGACGCACCGAGAAAAGAAAGAAAGAAAGGAAACAAACUAAUCUUAGGUCCCCCGCGAUUUUCUUGACAGAGGCCGCGUACUCGCCCAUAUCAACCACCACCACCUCCAGACAACAAUAACAGACAAUUAAGGGACAGAAUGGUUUCAUUUGAGGAGACAAAUCCUACCUUCCACUCAAUCCCGGAGGCGGUUGAGGCCUUUCGAAAGGGAGAAUUCAUCGUAGUCCUCGACUCCACCGACCGUGAGAACGAAGGCGACCUCAUCAUCGCUGCUGAAGACGUCACCGUCGAGAAGAUGGCCUUUAUGGUCCGCUGGACUAGCGGCCUAAUAGUAGCCCCCCUUUCACCGACCCUUGUCGACAAAUUCUCCCUCCCUCAAAUGGUCCCGAACAACGAGGAGCCGCACAGCACGGCCUUCACCAUCUCCCUCGACUCCCGCGACCCCAGUGUGACGACGGGCAUAUCCGCCUAUGACCGCGCCCUGACGCUCCGCACGCUCGCCGACCCUACCGCCACCGCCGCGAGCUUCCGCAGCCCUGGACACAUGUUCCCACUCCGUGCGGUUGAGGGCGGCGUGCUCGUCCGUAAGGGCCAUACCGAGGCGGCUGUCGAGUUCUGCAAGCUUGCCGGGAAAGUGGAGGCUGGUGCUAUUUGCGAGCUGGUUAGGGAGAGGGAUGGGCUGAUGAUGCGCCGAGAUGACUGCUUGGAGUUUGGGAGGAAGUGGGGGCUUAAGGUCUGCACUAUUGAGGGGUUGGUGGAGUAUCUCGAGAAGACCAGGGUCCAGUAGGAAGGUGGGGGGAGUGGGCUGGUGGAGUAUUGGGUGUGCAUAAAAUAUUUUGUCCUUGGAAACGGAGUAUUUCUUCUUUCCUCUCUUGCUUUUCUUCCGCAUGGUGUUCCUUUCUACUUUUCGGAAAUGGGUUAUAUCUAUACAUCCAUCUAUCUAUCGUGUUCAGGGUACUGUACAGAUUCCAGAGAUGGGAUUUCUUGGUCGAGUCGAUGUCAUACACGAGCCGUUUUCCUUCCUUCCCUGCUGUCCAUCGGCGGAGAAAAUAACUUGCACUCUAGAAUAAUGAUCUUUUCUCUUGCGCUUUCUUUCUUUCUCUCCGUCUUAUUUGUUUUAGUUUCUGGGGGGGGGGAUUGGGCAUUAGGAUAGGGGGACUGGACAUAUUAUAAAGGUACUUACUUAUACCAUACCAUACCAAUACAAUUCCAAGUCAGCCA